GCGGUACCACUUCCCGAUCAGGAUCUAGGGGUCUCGCUCUUUGAUUACAGGCUAGGGGACUUACUCUCCAAUCAGGGACCAGAGAUUCAGCUUCCCGAUCAGGCUCUGCUUCCUUCAACCACGGUGCUCUGCUUACCUCUACUUUUAUGAAAUCUGCUCCCCUAUAUUACCAUGUGUUUCAUUCUCUUUGACGGUCGGGGCUCAUAUUAUCAUCUUCUCCCCUCGCUCCACGGGGUAUUCGGGAGUUCAGGGAUCGAGACAGAUCCGCAGUCGGUUGGCACCACACCGCUGUCAGAUCACCGCCAGCCGUCGUCCUCCGCCGAUCUCUAGCACCGGGACAUCCAACCCUUGGCGCGUAUCGCCGCUGCUACCUGCAGUGGUGACUCGAGGUCGCGAUCCGCUUCCUGUGCCAACCCAAGCAGUGGUCGACCGAGCUACACGCAUCGCACUCCCGGAUUCUAUCCAGCUGCUCCUGCGGCGACGCGACCGCCUCAGCUUCUCUCUUACCCAACCCGACCAAAUCCCCUCUGGUUCUAAAUAGGGGAAACAGAAAUCUCGACGAUUCCUCUACGGUUUCGUGACUGCAGCGCGUCGCCGCUCGUGGACACGUCGCGUGCGAGCAUAACACAAUGGCUGAACUCCUUGGUGCGGCACAAGUGAAGGAGAACAGGGUGUUCAAGUGCGCUUUCGCGGUGCUUGGGAUCAUGAGCAGCCUGCUUAUCUAUGGCAUCCUACAGGAGAAGAUAAUGAGAAUUCCAUAUGGGAUAAACAAAGAAUAUUUUAGAUAUUCACUGUUUCUUGUUUUCUGCAAUCGCAUUAUGACAUCUGCAGUAUCUGCAGGAGUUUUGCUGGCAAGUAAAAAGUCACUGGAUCCAGUAGCACCCAUGUACAAGUAUUGUGCGGUAUCUAUAUCUAACAUACUAACCACAACCUGCCAAUAUGAGGCCCUGAAAUAUGUUAGUUUUCCAGUGCAGACCCUUGCAAAAUGCGCAAAAAUGAUACCUGUCAUGGUUUGGGGAACACUUAUAAUGCAGAAGAAAUAUAAUGGGAAAGACUAUCUAUUUGCUCUGCUUGUGACAAUUGGAUGUGCUGUAUUUAUUCUAUAUCCAGCAUCAACUGAUAUUACCCCGUAUAAUACUGGAAGAGAAAGCACUAUCUGGGGAAUUAGUCUUAUGCUUGGUUAUCUUGGGUUUGAUGGUUUCACCAGUACAUUUCAAGACAAACUUUUUAGAGGUUAUGACAUGGAAAUACAUAAUCAGAUAUUCUACACAACAGUUUGUUCAUGUCUCCUCAGUUUAACCGGACUCAUUCUACAGGGUCAUCUUCUUUCAGCAAUAAAUUUCAUGUUCAAGCACCAAGAUUGCUUCUAUGAUGUAGCACUUCUAUCCACUGUAGCAACUGUUAGCCAGUUUUUUAUUUCUUACACAAUUCGCAAUUUCGGGGCUCUUACAUUUGCUACCAUCAUGACCACCAGACAGCUGGUCAGCAUCUUACUUUCUUGCAUUUGGUUCGCUCAUCCGCUUAGUUGGGAACAACUGAUUGGAGCUGGAAUUGUUUUUGGAUCGAUAUACACCAAGAGCUUCUUGAGGAGCCAGACACAGAGGCCACAGCACACAAGUUCAUCGAGUAGCAAUGCCUGAUACAUAGUUUCAGGCACGCAUUUCUCCCUUCCAUUUUGAAAGAAAGCCAGGUUUUUAGAUCUGCUUAAUUCAUGUGAGAACUGGUGGAUGGUGUUUUAGUCUGACUAGGUAGUGUAAUACCCGCGCUUUUGCACGGAUAUAUAUUUUUUUUAAUAAAAAAAUAACCAACCAAAAAAUAGAAAAAGUGAAUUAAAAUUACAAACUGUUUAUAAAAUAAUUUUAUAGGAGUCGGCGGGGACAGGCUCAAUGUAUACAUUUAUUUAGAAAAUAAUAAAUUUAAGAUUAUUGACCUAUAGUCAUAA